AUGAUCGACAAGGCACCCAGAUCGUCCUGGCAAAACAUCGUCGACAGAGCUAUUGAGAUAGUUCAUAUCAUCAGCGAUCACAAUGUUCUCAACGACGACGUCCGGCCCGACAACUUUAUGAUUGUUCCCAACAAUGGUACUUAUGAAGUCUUCAUGAUAGUUUUCGGUCUGUGUAGGGUUCGCCGCCCUGGCGAAUCUGAUGCAGAAUGGGGGCUGGAGAAGUGGGAGGCAAACGAAGAACGGUCUUUGGGAUCUGUCAUACAAAAGAUGUUGAGUAAGGUUAGGUUCGAGCUUCGCUAUGAGUUCUCAGAGAGGCAUAUCGAAUGGGCUGAAGGGGAAGACGAGUAG